AUUAAAUCCCUCCAAUUCGUACGUUUCAAUCUUUCUCCUUUCUGCCCUUUACAGAAGAACCGACCUGAAAUCUCCUACGAAUACUAACAAAUUCAAGAAUCAAAAUGGGACGAAGCCACGUCUAUAAUCUUCACCUCCCAAAAUUCACUUUUAUUUUCUUUUCAUAUUCCUUAAAUUUGUAUGUCCGCAACUGAUUAACCUCUCAAUCAUAGCUAAGAAGUGGCGCUGCUUUAAGAGUUAUAUUCUUCAUAUAUAAACCGGCUGUAUCUGAGUGUUUCAUAUGGUUUUAGGCCUUGUUCUAUACAAUAGAUUCACAUCUAUCAUGAAACGUUUGUAAGAGGAGCUGCUUCUAUUGUCUCAGGCUGUGCUAAAGGUAUGGACUAUUGGAAGCAUGCAUCUUCUGCUGGAGUUUCCCCUCUUAGUAAAGCACCUUUGAAUUUUUUGAACACAGCGCAGGAGAUGGCUCAGUUAGAGCAACAAGAUAGAGUCACCAGUCAGGCUGUUGAGACUGAAGUAGCUAUAGACUUUAGAGAAGUUUACUUUCUGAUCAUGCAUUUUCUAUCGUCUGGGCCAUGCCAGAAGACUUUUGGACAAUUCUGGAAUGAGCUUCUGGAGCAUCAGCUUCUACCUAGAAGAUAUCAUGCUUGGUUUUCUAGGAGUGGAGGACAUAGUGGGAAUGAUAAUGAUGAUGGCAUCUCUUUUCCUUUAAGUUAUAGUAAAUUAGUGGAGAGGUAUUCUCACGUAGAAAAGGAUCACUUGGUAAAGCUUUUAAGGCAGCUGAUGUUGCAUAAAGCCUCUCCUUUGCAUGGCAGGAUUGGAGGAAAUGCGCCAAAUGCUGCUGAUGUUCCUACAUUACUGGGAUCUGGUUCUUUUUCCCUUCUAGAACGUGAUAAAAGUGUGGAAUAUAAUCAAGUUAAGCCUCUGCCAGCUUACCUACGUUGGCCCCACAUGCAGGCUGACCAGGUUCGUGGGUUAAGUUUAAGGGAAAUUGGUGGCGGUUUCCCAAAGCACCAUCGUGCUCCAUCAAGUCGCUCUGCAUGUUAUGCUAUUGCUAAACCAUCAACCAUGGUGCAAAAGAUGCAAAAUACAAAGAAGCUAAGGGGUCACAGGGAUGCUGUCUAUUGUGCCAUAUUUGAUCGCUCUGGAAGAUAUGUUAUUACUGGCUCGGAUGACCGUCUUGUAAAAAUUUGGUCAAUGGAAACUGCAUUCUGCUUGGCCAGCUGUCGUGGACAUGAAGGUGACAUAACGGAUUUGGCUGUGAGUUCGAAUAAUGCUUUGGUGGCAUCAGCUUCAAAUGAUUUUGUUAUUCGAGUUUGGCGGUUGCCGGAUGGGUUACCAAUUUCAGUUUUGCGGGGACAUACAGGAGCUGUUACUGCCAUUGCAUUUAGUCCAAGGCCUAGUGCUAUAUAUCAGCUUUUAUCGUCAUCAGAUGAUGGAACUUGUCGAAUCUGGGAUGCUCGAUAUUCCCAUUGUAGUCCACGAAUAUACCUGCCCAAGCCUUCAGAUGCUGUUGCUGGUAAAAUCAAUGUUCCAUCUAGUAAUGGACCCUCCUCAAGUAUUAGUCCACAAAGCCACCAGAUACUAUGUUGUGCUUAUAAUGCCAAUGGAACUGUUUUUGUGACGGGUAGUUCUGACACUUUUGCUAGGGUCUGGAGUGCCUGUAAAUCAAACAUGGAUGAAUUGGAACAACCAAUCCAUGAGCUGGAUUUAUUGUCUGGGCAUGAAAAUGAUGUCAACUAUGUUCAAUUCAGUGGCUGUGCUGUGGCUUCAAGAUCUUCAAUUUCUGAUGCUUUGAAGGAGGAGAAUGUUCCAAAAUUUAAAAACUCCUGGUUCUGUCAUGACAACAUUGUUACCUGUUCUCGUGAUGGUAGUGCAAUUAUAUGGAUACCAAGAUCACGUAGAUCCUAUGGAAAAGUUGGACGUUGGACACGCGCAUAUCAUUUGAAAGUUCCACCCCCUCCACUGCCUCCUCAACCUCCUCGAGGAGGCCCACGUCAAAGACUUCUUCCAACUCCUCGUGGUGUUAACAUGAUUGUGUGGAGCUUGGAUAAUCGCUUUGUUCUUGCAGCUAUCAUGGAUUGCCGAAUAUGCGUUUGGAACGCCGUUGAUGGUAGCUUGGUACAUUCUUUGACUGGUCAUACUGCAUCUUCUUAUGUCUUGGAUGUUCAUCCUUUCAACCCUAGGAUUGCUAUGAGUGCUGGGUAUGAUGGCAGAACAAUAGUUUGGGAUAUAUGGGAGGGCACACCUAUAAGGACAUAUGAAAUAGGACGUUUCAAGUUGGUUGACGGGAAGUUUUCACCGGAUGGGACGUCGAUUGUACUUUCAGAUGAUGUUGGCCAGAUAUAUUUGCUAAACACAGGUCAGGGUGAGUCUCAAAAGGAUGCCAAAUAUGAUCAGUUCUUCCUUGGCGAUUAUCGACCGCUUAUUCGGGAUAGUAUUGGAAAUGUUCUUGAUCAGGAGACACAGCUUGCUCCACAUAGAAGGAACAUUCAAGAUCCUCUUUGUGAUUCAGGUAUGAUUCCAUAUCAAGAACCUUACCAGAGUAUGUACCAGCAACGUCGACUUGGUGCGCUGGGUGUUGAGUGGCGACCUUCAUCUAUAAAAUUAGCUGUUGGACCAGAUUUUAGUUUAGGCCAGGAUUAUGCAAUGCCUCCCUUGGAAGAUUUAGAAAGAAUGAUGGAGCCAGUACCUGAGUUCAUAGAUCCUAUAUACUGGGAUCCAGAAAUUGAAAUCAUAAGUGAUGACACUGAUUCAGAGUACAAUAUUGCGGAGGAAUGUUCCAGUGAUGGUGAGCAAGGAAGUCUGUGUUCCAAUUCAUCUAGUGUUCCAGAGUGUAGUGCAGAAGAUAGUGAGGUUGAACAUGGUCAGAUAGACGGAUUUCGCAGAUCAAGAAGAAGAAAACACAAGAAUGAAGCCGAGUUAAAGACUGCAUCUGGUAGGCGUGUCAAAAAGAGGAAUUUAGAUGAGCGUGAUGGAUCUGUUUGUGGGAGUCACAGGACUAAGAAAUCAAAAAAUAGCCAGAAAGCUGUAAAGAGGAAGUCCUCCAAAGCUAAGACAAUGAGACCUCAGCGAGUUGCUGCACGCAAUGCCCGAAGUAUGUUCUCUAGAAUUUCUGGAACUUCAACUGAUGAAGAUGAGUCAGAUACAGAAUACGAAUCAUCAAACAGUGAUCUGGUGCUGCAAGAUUCACACAUUCAAGGCAAAGAAGCUGAUAGAAACUUGCAAAUCAUUCAACAACAACGUAGAAAGGAGAGAGAGCAAACAAUUGUGGAGUCUGAGUGUAUAUCCAAGUCUUUUGAAGUCCCCGAAUCUCAGUCAAAUAAUGGGAACCGGAAGCGAUUGGUCUUAAAAUUUUCAUUACGGGACUCUAAGAAGCCUUUGCCUUCCGAAGACACCAGGCUAACUGGCGAGGAUCAGGCAAAGUUUGUGCAUCCAUCAUCUAGAUCGCCUCAAGAAAUUACCGAAGAUGGGAAUAUUGGUACAAGCACGAAAGAUCUUCUGUCAUCUUCUGCAGGUGGGAUUGAUGGGCAGAUGUCUCCAAAUCUCAACAGAAUUGAUUUUAUUGAUGAAAGGAAACGUGAAAAGCAUGACUAUCAUUUGGAGGAAUCUCUAGGUGAUGAGCAGAACAAAAUCAAAUGGGGAGAGGUGAAGAUCCGCACAUCCAAACGUAUAGCUCCAGGGGUAGUGAUGCCAACUGACACAUCCACUGGACUUGAUGCAGAAUUUGAUGGCCAUAAGGAGAGCAGAAGUGAUGUUGAUGGGUAUGAGGAAAAAACUGGAAGCGAUGCUUUACUGAAUCUGGAUAGUAUGAGAAAUAAAGAGCUUGCCACUGGCAAGGAUGAUAAAGAAUCUUCGUCAUUUGACUCCUUGCCCCAGGUUGAUCACCGGCUGAAAGGUGAUGCUUUUAUAGCUUCUUGUAAUGGAGAUGACACAAACUAUCCUAAUGAACUCAAAGAGAAUCCAUCAUUCAAGGUAAGAAUUAAAACAAAAGGGAUUUUGAGGGAUCCUAAAAGUCCUUCAAAACUAAAACUCGUCACUGCAGUAGAGGACCUGCCUAGUGCUGAAGGUGAUUUAAUAUCUGAAAGUCCCUUGUGCAUGGAGCAGAAUCCAAUUUCUGGAGCACCACAUGAGGGUAAAGGUUCUGGUGGAUCAAGUUCUGACCAGUUGCCGGGUUCAAAUUUGAAGUUUAAGCUAUAUGACGGAAGUAAGAUGGAAAGUUUUUAUAAGCCUAGGACUGUUUCGGAGAGUUUUGAUGGUGACAUCGAAGAAAAUACUUCAGAUGCCAUUGACUGUAAUGAUUCAAGAAUUGAUUUUGCGGAACUGACAACUGAUUCAACACGCAGAACAAGAUCCAUGAAGAUGAAGGUAAAUCCACAGGAGCAAAAUUCUGUUAACCAUAACGUGAGACUGAGAUUUGGGCAUGAAUUGGUUGGGACAUCAAAAUAUGUGGGAAACUCCUCCAUGGAAGCAGGUGAUGGUUUCCUACCUGGAGAAUCGAUGCCGACUUCAAAUGUGACAUUGAGACCAAGGUCUAGUAAAAACAGGAAGGGUGGGAAUUUUGAUGAAAGUCCACGUCUGUUGUCUGGAAUUAAGUCAAAAUUCCCUAUCAGAAAAUUGUCAUGGUUGAUGUUGUCAGAGCAUGAGGAGAGUUACCGUUACAUCCCUCAGCUAGGCGAUGAUGUUGUAUAUUUGAGACAGGGCCAUCAAGAGUUUAUUGAAUCAAUUGGCUCACGCGAAGUAGGUCCUUGGAAGUCAAUCAAGGGAUACAUACGUGCAGUGGAACUUUGCAAGGUUGAAAACCUUGUCUAUGCUACAUUUCCUGGUUCUGGAGAUAGCUGCUGUAAACUCACCCUUAAAUUUGUUGAUCCUUCAUCUGCUGUGUUUGGUAAAACAUUCAAGUUGACUCUGCCGGAACUGAUAGAUUUUCCAGAUUUUGUUGUUGAGAAAACACGGUAUGAUGCUGCUGUCAGCAGAAAUUGGACACAGAGGGAUAAAUGCCUGGUUUGGUGGAGAAAUGCAAAUGGGGAUGGCGGUACUUGGUGGAAAGGUAGAAUUGUUUCUUCACAGGCCAAAUCUGAUGAUUUCCCUCAUAGUCCUUGGGAAACAUAUGUGAUUCAGUACAAGACUGGAGAUAACCAUCGACACAGUCCUUGGGAACUGCAUGAUCCUAACGUUCCAUGGCAGCAUCCUCAAAUUGAUUUUGACAGUAGAGAUAAGCUGCUGUCGUCUUUUUCUAAAUUAGAGCAGUCAGUGAGCAGAAAUCAGGAUUGCUAUGGUAUUCAGAGAUUGAAUGAAGCUGCUCAGAAGCUAGAUUUCUUGAAUAGGUUUCCUGUGCCAUUAUAUCCUGAAGUGAUCCGAUUGAGAUUAGAGAACAACUAUUAUCGGAGCUUAGAAGCUGUGAAAGAUGACAUUAAGGUCAUGCUGUCAAAUGCUGAAUCUUAUUUUGUGAAAAAUGCUGGGCUAUUAGCCAAGAUAGACCGCCUAUCCAACUGGUUUUCAAGGACACUGUCAAAAUUGUAGAAAGUUGUAAAUAAAAUAUAUUUUAGCUUUAGUUUUUCCUUUAUUUAUUUCGUUCAUCCAAUUUUGUACAAUUUACCCGUUAGGCGGUAGCGAAAUGAGGAAUGAGAUUGUCUCAGACCCGGGGGUUAUUGAAA